AUGGGCGAUGGGGGCGCGGAGCGGGACCGCCGCCUCAAGCGUCGGGAGGAGCCGGUUGGCCGGAGCGGGCGCCACGGAGACCACGGCGGAACGGAACACUUGCGUGUUGACACGGGUAGCAGGAGUCCAAGGGAGGUUGCUACGACCUCCGCCUCCAGCCCCGUGGGCUCCAGAGACAGCGGCGGAGACAGCGACGGACAGCCGGCGCUCGGUGAGACGGACCACUGCCGCCGCAUCCUGGUACGAGAUGCCAAGGGGACCAUUCGGGAAAUCGUCCUGCCCAAGGGCCUGGACCUUGACCGGCCCAAGCGGACCCGCACCUCCUUCACAGCAGAACAGCUGUACCGCCUGGAGAUGGAGUUCCAGCGCUGCCACUAUGUGGUGGGCCGGGAGCGCACAGAGCUGGCCCACCAGUUGAACCUCUCUGAGACCCAGGUGAAGGUCUGGUUCCAGAAUCGCCGCACCAAACAGAAGAAGGACCAGAGCAGAGACUUGGAGAAGCAGGCAUCCUCCUCUGCCUCUGAAGCCUUUGCCACCUCCAGCGUUCUGCGGCUUCUGGAACAGGGCCGGCUGCUCUCCUUUCCCAGGGCCCCCAGUCUCCUGGCACUGACCCCUGGCCUGCCAGGCCUUCCUGCCAGCCAUAGGGCCACCUCUUUGGGUGACCCCAGGAACUCCUCCCCAAGCCUCAAUCCAAUGCCCUCGGCCUCAGCAUCAUCCCCUCUGUCUGCCAUCUGCUUUAACACAGCUCCGCUCUUGGACUUGCCUGCCAGCUACAAACUGGGGUCCUCGGCGUUUGAGCCCUAUAUCAGGCUAGAACAACAGAAAGUAGGCAGCCCUGGCCAAAGUGGCAAGGCGGCUGACACCUAAGUCCCAUCCUGUGUGACACUGAG